ACUUUCACUCCUGCUCAAUGUGCCAGUGCUUAUUGUACGCGUCCGGAACGAGAUUAUAAACACUUAUAUUUACUUGCGUUUUAUUUGGCUUUUAUAUAACAAAUAAGUAACUAAAUAAGAAACUAACCCCAUCUGCACGAACCGGAUCCGUUCUACCGUUGUGAGGGGCGUUAUAACGCGUUAUAAACAGCGUUGGUGUAUAAACAGGGUCAGUGAUGGAGGAGCUGUUAAAGAGAGAGCUGAGCUGCAGCACGGUGACACCUGUGGGGUCAUCAGGAGGAGGUUGUAUCAGUGAGGGUCAGAGCUACAGAACAGACUCCUGUACUGUGUUCACUAAAAUCAACCACAAAACACAGGCCAGAUGCAUGUUCGACGGAGAGAAGGCCAGCCUGGAGGCCAUCCUGUCCACCAACACGAUCCGUGUGCCCAAGCCAUGGAAGGUGGUGGAUAUGGAAUCAGGAGGAGCCAUGUUCAUCAUGGAGCACAUCGACAUGAAAUCCUUAAACAGGUACGCGGGUAAGUUGGGGGAGCAGCUAGCGGAUCUGCACCUCCACAAUAAACGACAGAAAGACAAACAGAAGAAGGAGGAACAAACUGUUGGAAAAGGAACCAGCCAGGCCGAAGAUCAGGUUAUUGAAAAAUUCGGUUUCCACGUCAAAACCUGUUGUGGCUACAUCGCUCUGGUGAACGACUGGCAGGACGACUGGGUUUCCUUUUACGCCCAGCAAAGACUUCAGUACCAGGUGGGAUUAGUGGAGCAGUCGUAUGGAGACCGAGAGGCCAGGGAAUUAUGGGCCAGCCUCCAGCUAAAGAUCCCGAAGCUGUUUGAGGGCGUGGAGGUGGAACCUGCGCUGCUUCACGGUGACCUGUGGAGCGGCAACGUAGCCGAGUGCUCCGACGGCCCACUCAUCUUCGACCCGGCCUCGUUUUACGGCCACGCCGAGUUCGAGCUGGGGAUCAGCGGCAUGUUCGGCGGCUUCGGGAAACGCUUCUACGACGCCUACUACGAGAACAUCCCCAAAGCACCCGGGUUCGAAAAGCGACAUCAGCUGUACCAGCUGUUCCACUACCUGAACCACUGGAAUCACUUCGGGACCGGGUACAGGGGCUCGUCGCUACGCAUCAUGAAGGAGCUUUCAAAGUAGAAAAAUCAGUUUUCAGUAUUGGUUGUUCUGAUCGCUGAACGUUUUUUUCCUCUACUCAUAGUGGGUUGAAUAAAUAAAUAAAUAAAUAUAAAUAUGCUGCUACAGGAAAAUAAUUAACAGCACAGAGAUGUUUUGAAACACACUCACUGUUAACGCCUGCAAGUUUCUCUGACGCUGAGUUAUUCCUCUUAUACCACACCAACUUCCUGACAAUUUCCACAUUUUAUUUAUUUAUAA